AUGGGAGAGGGAGAGACUGUUACUCUACACACUGGUUUUACUGGACUACAGAGAGAUGUACAGAUACAGUGGUUUUAUGGACCUGUGGAUGCAAAUAUAAUAAUAGCUCAGAGUCAGGUCCUCAGAGGAGAGAUUAUAACAGAUUACAAUGAUAGAUUCAGAGACAGACUACAGCUGGACAGACAGACUGGAUCUCUCACCAUCAGGAACAUCAACAUCACAGACUCUGGAGUUUACAAACUACAGAUCAUCAGUGGAGAGAUCUCAGAAAAGAGGUUCAGUUUCACUGUCUAUGCUACUGUUCCUGCUCCUGACAUUAGAGUCAGUCAGAGUCACUCAGCAGGAAUUGGAUCAUCUGGUCCAAAGUGUUCAGUGGAGUGUUCAGUGGAGAAUGGGAGAGAUGCGACUCUGUCCUGGUACAAAGGGAAAGAGAUACUGAACCAGACCAGCAGCCCUGAUCUCAACACCAUCCUCUCUCUCCCUCUGGAGAUAGAAGAUCAGGACAACAACAUCUACAGCUGUGUAGCUCAUAACCCAGUCAGUCACCAGACAACACGACUCAGUAAAAAACUGUGUCCUCAAAACCGUGGUAUGUCACAUACAAAAGUAGUUCAGAGUCAGGUCCUCAGAGGACAGAUUAUAACAGAUUACAAUGAAACAUUCGGAGACAGACUGCAGCUGGACAGACAGACUGGAUCUCUCACCAUCAGGAACAUCAACAUCACAGACUCUGGAGUUUAUAAAGUACAAAUUAUCAAUGGAGAGGUCUCAGAGAAGAGAUUCAGUUACACUGUCUAUGAUAAUCCCUAA